UGGCGGUGGUUCCCUUUCAAAGAUUUGUCAUAGGUGUGCUUCCUUGUUUCCUACGAAGGAUGAGAAGUACUAAAAUACCCUUCCAUAGGAUGCCAGGGGAAACCCACCAAUACCAGGAUGCUGCCACAUCCUUCUCUGCUGACAUAUUGUAGACUGUAGGGAAAGCUUUUGAGGAUGUAAUAGCAGAAGCACACCAAUACCAGGAUGCUGCCACAUCCUUCUCUGCUGACAUAUUGUUGACUGUAGGGAAAGCACCGGUACUCCUGAGUGGGUAAUGUUGGAAAAAGAUUGCUUGUCCUUCUGUGUGGUAAUUGCUUCCAUUACAGAAUGUUCAAAUCGUCAUAUUUGCCUCAACUGCCUUUUUGGGAUCUUCAUAUUUGGAUCUUCCAUUUACAUAGUCAGAUAAUCAGAUGAGGUUUGGUUUCGAUCCAUCCAAAGAAUUUAUGUUGGCCUUUACCUUUUCUGGGCCUGCAUCCUCAUUGGGCACCCCUACCAUAUAUAUAUAUAUGUAUGUAUAGAUGUCUCCCUGCGACAUUCCUUGUUUCAUUCUGUGUCUCAGCAUGGUAACCAAAAAGGCCACUUGUUGUAAAGACAAGGCAGUUUUGGUGACCUUGUAUGUGGAGAAGCCAAGGAAGAGAAUAAAUCAUCAUCAUCAUCAUCAUCACCACCAUCAUCUUCUUUAUCAUACUAUCAAGGGAGAGGGAUUUCAACAGAAUUAUGGUGCUGAUGGUAGAGGGUACAGCAGGAGAGCUCUACUGCUUCACUAUUCUCAAAGCCUUAGGGAGUCUGCCCAAUCAGCAGCAUCUGCAUCCUUGAAUCCAAAGGCUAUUUCUUCCAAGGACCAGCAACCCAUAAACAAAAUUGCUGCUGGUCAAAGCAAGCCAAAACAUGAAAAAGUGCCUGCUUGUCUGGGAGAUUGGAAGCUCUCCAUUGCUAGCCUUGUCAGAUCUUUUACUAGUGUACAAGCUAAGAAAACGAGCAAUAAGAAGAAGAAGAAGAAAGACAAUGGAUCCUCAAGAGCUAACAUAGCAGCAGUUAUGAAAAACUUAAAGGUGCAAAAGAAGUUGGGAUUCAUUUCAAAACUCCUCAAACCAUCACAAAAGCAUACCUAAAGCUUAGGUAUCCAUUAGUGUUCCCUAUAAUGUUUUGUUUGCAUUUUUUCCUUUCUGGAAUAAGAUCAUAAGCUUUGUUUCAUCCAUGGAGAAUAAAAUAAGUGAAGAUAACAUGAUGUUAAGGGAAACAGAGCUUCUAUGAGGAUCCCUUGUUUGUAUUUUGGGAAAAAGAUGUUUUGUAACAUGGAAACUUUGACACAAUACAUCUCACAUCUUUAUUUAUUA